UCUUCCGGUGACAACAUAGCUGCCAGGAGCGACUGUGUUCUACAGAGGAGCGAAUGGGGGACAUGGACUCGUAUGGGGAAGUGCUGGAGAAUAAUGGCCCUCAAGUCCCCAGCAGCCCGGAGAGCGUGGACCACUACGUGCUCAGCACCCUGCCUGAAGUGGUGGAGAGAGUGAUGAGCUUUCUACCGGGCAAGGCUCUGCUGCAGGCAGCCUGUGUCUGUAGGUUAUGGAGGGAUUGUGCAUGGCGUAAACGGAAGGAGAGGCAGAGAGUGACGUGGAUAUCCGCUGUGGGGGCAGGGGAUCUGGAUUUGGGUGGCCACUCUUUGGUUCAAGUUGUCCAAGAAGAAUUAGAGAAAGUCUAUAUAAUACCAGAGAUGUUCCUGUACUUCACGGACUUUAAGUCACUUAAUGAUCACAGACCACGCAGUGGUCCAAAGAAAGCAAAAAAGAAACACGGUUUAGAAACUACAGCUUCCCUGGAGAAUCUUCUGCCAAAAGACUGUAAAAUUGUGGGACUUUCAACACCAGGAAUUGUAGUAACUCCCGGAGGGUCAGCAAGUAACCAACCUGUGGAAUUGGAAGACGGGGAGUCUGGCUUUGCAUUGCUGUUUCCAAAAAUCAAUGGGGUAAAAAUCCAACAUUUUCACUUCAGGGACUCAAAGACUGUAAUGUUUGAUGAGUAUAAACUCGAAGAGGCCGGCCUUAAAAAUAACCCAGAUCUGCGUGUGGUUCUGAUCUUUGGAUACAACACUUGGAAGCAUGGAGCAAUAUGGUUCCUACACAAAGUCCUUAAUCCUCUCAAUAAGAAAAGUAUUAUAAUUGCUGGCGGGCUAGCGGAAUGCCUGGCAUCAUUCUCCUCCCAACCAAAGACCCGACGCAGAGAUUGCAUUGGUGUUGUUGGACUGGCACUGAGUGGACCACAGAUCCAGGGAGCCACCAUUCUUCUAGACGAGGAUGUUUGUGAUGAAAAGACUACAGACUCUGCCAUGCAGCGCCUAAAAGCAGCAAACAUCCCAGAGGAGAAUAGCGUGGGGCUCAUGUUUGCCUGCGUUGGCCGAGGAGAGCAGCACUACAAGAAGAAGAAUGUCGAGGCUGACUCUUUUCGGAAACACUUCCCCAAUGUGCCUUUGUUUGGCUUUUUUGGCAAUGGGGAGAUUGGUUGUGAUCGGGUAGUUAGUGGGAGUUUUACACUGCGCGAGUGUAACGCUGAAGAGGACAAUCUUUUACAUGAAUAUUGCACAGUGAUGACCAUUAUUCAUUUCGGACACUCCAAGUAAUGCUUCCCGCAUUGAGUGCUCAUAUAUAUUAUAACUGUACCAAACGUGUCGGCGUUCAGUACCAUUCCUGCCGCAAACCUUAGACUAGUGGUUUCCUGUCUUAUUAUGUGAUAUUGCCUCAAAAUGGGGGGGGGGGGAAACUGCGUUACAAAAUGUCAACACCCUUCUUUUACCUGGCUUUAAUAAACAUAUUGCGUCUUCUAAUAUCAUAUAAUUAUGCUACCACCACUCAGGGUGUGUAUGUCCUGAAAGUGUACAGGUUCAGGACUUAGUGCACGUAGGCUCGCAGAAUCGCCUCACAGUGUGCGACAUUACGUCACGGUGCACCGCUGGUGCCAGGAUUCAGUGCUGCAAUGCACAAAAAGUGAUGGCAGCGCCCGAAGGAGGUGAGGACGUCUGCACUUAGUGGACGGAAGGGUUUGGUGGUGGUCAUAAGGGGCAGCAUCAGUCUGAUUUUGGGGCCGAUUAAUCUGUAGUCUGUAUAAUUUUGUGGGCUGAUCUGGAUUCUGUAUGACUUUGGGGUCUGAUCUGGAGGUUUGUGUAAAUUUGGGGGCUGAUCUGGGGUCUGUAAUGAAUUUGAAGGCUAAUUUUAGGGUUUAAUCAGGGGUCUGUAUGCAUUUGGGGGCUGAUCUGGGUUCUGUAUGACUUUGGGGUCUGAUCUGGAGGUUUGUGUAAAUUUGGGGGCUGAUCUGGGGUCUAAUGAACUUGAAGGCUAACUUAGGGUUUAAUCAGGGGUCUGUAUGCAUUUGGGGGCUGAUUUGGUGUUUAAUCUGGGCUGUGUAUGAAUUUGAGGGCUGAGCUAAGCUCUGUAUGAAUUUGGAAAACUGAUUUGAAUUCGACAAAAUAAAAUCAUUAUACCCCUCGCAUCCCACUAUUCCGACCACUAGGGGAGCUCUUUGCGUGAAGCUCAAGGACAAUCUGUGUGACACGCGUGUGUAUUGUAUUAUAUUUGGAAUGCGAGCUGCCCAUCAACUGGAAUUCGAUGUGUGGCCCAUAUAUCUGGCUGCGUUGGAGACCACUGCUGUAUAUUAUAUAACACUUGUAUAGAAAAGCUGUAUAAUAUAGCAAACACAUUUUCUUUAACGCAGCAGUUAAUGAAGACAUUAAUUUGUAGAUCUGAUAAUAAUGCGCACACGAGGGUUGGGUGAUUUUGCAGGUAAAUGCCUGCUGCUGGUGGUAUCUGGUGCGUGUGCUGAAAUAAUUAGGAAGGAGCACAUUCUGUCUCUGUAACUGUGGAACAUUCGGUGACAGGAUCGCACAUGUCUCAGGAGAUGUUACAGACUGCUGUGUUGCAGCAUGUCAUUUCUGGCUCCAGUCUACUUUUUGCUAUCAUUCUAAUGCAUUGUCGUUCCAAGGUACAUCCACUGGCACAUGGGUGAUAGUCUGUGUUUAUGUAGCACACGUUGGAAAGUUACCCUUUUAAGAGCUAUGCUUUCAUCCUUUCUUAGUCCAUACAGGUACAGGACAAACACUGUCAUGUGUUAAUAUGUGCUUUAGGAAUUUUUGUUUAUGUUUAAUUGUACUUUUGGGAUACAGACAGGUAGGUGACUAGGUCAGAUAUCAGUGGAAGCCUGACGUGGCAAAAUCUGUGUGCUGUACUGGACAUAUAAGCGACUGCAUUCCAGAUCGGAAGUAGCACGAUAGUCUGGCUAUUGAACUCCUGGGAUAAAAAAAAAAGGAGCAAAUGCUACUACACAUUAAAAAAAUGACAUGAUAUUGAUGUUCUAGUGGUAGGCUAUGCCAUCGAUGUCCAGUUGGUCAAGAGUGACCGCACUAGGAAAGCACGGUGUCCCACACUAUUUGGCCAGCAGUAGCCAGCCAUUCAGCUAUUGUGAUAUGUAUCCUUGCGGCCAUUAGUAUAUAUUGUAAAAGCUUAUGUUACUCUGCGUUUAGUAAAUGCUUCAAAUAGACCCUUCUGGAUGUUAGCCCCAAAUUGCCAACCUAUAGGGCAGGUCCGCCCAUAUGUAGAGAGUGUUAGGCUACUUUCACACUUGCGUUUGGAGCGGAUCCAUCUGGUCUCUGCACAGACGGAUCCGCACCUAUAAUGCAAACGAUGGUAUCCGUUCAGAACGGAUCCGUUUGCAUUAUA